GCGCCGUCAACGCGGUGUGCGUUUUAGUUGUCCAACUGGAACGAGUUUAAUUUAGAGGCGCUCCAUCCGGCAAUAUAAAAGCUGCCACGAGUCGGCGGUGUUAGCGAGAGUCCAUCUUGAACGGUAGUCGCAGGCUCACGGAGCUGAAACAGAGGCUAAAAAAGAUUAGUCGCGAUGGCCGAUGACGGUGAGCAGCAGUUCAUGGAGACCUCCGAGAACGGAAACGGAGAGGAAGCGCUGAACGGAGCGGAGGGUGCGGACUCACAGCUCGAGGCGGAAGAAGAGGCCGCUCAGGCCGAGGCUCAGAACGGAGCGGCGGAUGGAGGGCAGAUCGAAGCCACCAAGGGAGAGGAGGACGCCGGCAAAAUGUUUGUUGGUGGUCUUAGCUGGGACACAAGCAAAAAGGAUCUUAAGGACUACUUUUCAAAGUUUGGUGAGGUGAUGGACUGUACCAUCAAAAUGGAUUCUAACACGGGCCGGUCGCGUGGUUUCGGCUUCAUCCUCUUUAAAGAGGCAGCGAGCGUAGAAAGGGUGUUGCAGCAAAAGGAGCACCGCCUAGAUGGAAGACAGAUUGAUCCCAAGAAAGCGAUGGCAAUGAAGAAAGACCCUGUAAAGAAAAUAUUUGUUGGCGGACUCAACCCUGAGACUACAGAAGAAAAGAUUCGGGAAUACUUUGGGGCGUUUGGUGAGAUUGAAUCUAUCGAGCUUCCUAUUGAUCCAAAAACGAGCAAGAGAAGGGGUUUCGUGUUUAUCACAUACCAGGAUGAGGAGUCGGUCAAGAGUCUCCUAGAAAAGAAAUACCAUACUGUUAACGGAAGCAAGUGUGAAAUUAAAGUUGCCCAGCCUAAGGAAGUCUACCAGCAGCAGCAGUAUGGAGGCCGUGGUGGUGGCUAUGGAGGCCGUGGCAGGGGUCGUGGUGGCCAACAUCAGAAUUGGAACCAGGGAUACAACAAUUACUGGAACCAGGGCUAUGGAAAUCAGGGUUAUGGCUACGGGGGACAACAAGGCUACGGAAGCUACGGGGGUUAUGGCAACUAUGACUACUCUUCUGGCGGCUAUGGCUAUGGUGGUGGUGGAUAUGACUACAGCCAGGGCAAUACGAGCUAUGGGAAAACUCCAAGACGUGGAGGCCACCAGGGUAGCUACAAGCCAUACUGAUCACGUGUAGUGCAGGCCCUAAGUAUUUUCAAUCCAAGAACCCAUAACAGCAGCAAGAGGUCAUACAAGAUGGAAAACUCUCCUUUUUUUUGGUAUGAUGGGACUCGUGCUCCGUUUGUACAGGACAGCAGAUGAAUGGGGACACUGUUUCUCAUUCCACACUUUUUAUUUCUUAUUUUAUUUUCUUUGUCCACAUUUCCAGUUGUGGAAGUGUAAUUUUUACUGUACUUUUUGGUACCUUUUUUGAAUCUAAUGUAUUGUAUGGUUGUAUUUUACAUGUCAACUGAAUUUACAGCGUAUGAGGAUCGUGAGCUACCAGAGCUUUUGAAAUAAAAUGUUUGAAUUUUU